UGUCAGCUUGAUUUGGACGCAGCGUGGCCAACCAUCCACCAUCUGACACAUGGUUCCUUUAUGACACUGGAUGUCACUGCAGCUGGGCUCGUUCUGAAUGCACUGAGGAUGUCCAUCCAUCAUCUUACACGUGGUCCCUUUGGAACAUUGAAUAUCACUGCAAGAAGGCUGCCUUGGGGUCAUCUUGAUUUGGACGCAGCGUGGCCAACCAUCCACCAUCUGACACGUGCUCCCCUUCUUGCACUGGAUGUUGCUGCAGGAAAGCGGUUCGUGAGCACAUUUUGGCCAACCGUUGACCAUCUUGCACUCGGUGCCCGGGGAGCAGUGGAUGUCCCCACACGACGGCACAGGGCCGACGCAUUUGGGCCAACCCUCCAGCAUUUUGCAUACCAUCCCCUUCUGGCAAUGGAUGUCGUCGCAGGACGGAGCUUUCUGGACAUUCGGGACGUGGGGCGCCUUGGUGGGACCACACCAAGGCCAAUCGUUGACCAUGUGGCACACAGUCCCUUUCUGGCACUGGAUGUCGUGGCAGGAGGGCGGGUUGUGGACGCAGUGGGGUUGGCCAUCGGUCACCUUGCACGAAGUCCCUUUGGGACAGGGGAAAUCCUGGCACGGUUGUCCUUGGGAUGCUUUACUUUGGACGCACCGUGGCCAACCGUUGAUUAUUUGGCACUCCGUUCCUUUCUGGCACUGGAUGGAGCUGCAGGAGGGUGUGGGGUGGACGCAGUGGGGCCAGCCAUCUCUCAUCUGGCAUGUGGUCCUCUUGGGGCAGUGCACUCUGCAAGAUGGCUGCGUUGGGGACGUCUUGCUUGGGACGCACCGUGGCGAACCUCCCUCCAUCCUGCACUCCGUCCCCCUCUCACAGGGGACGUCGUUGCAAGAGAGAGGAGGCAAUUCCCUCCGGAGGAGCAACUUGUGAACGCAUUUGGGCCACCCUUCCACCAUUUGGCAACGGGUCCCCUUCUGGCACCGAAUAUCCCGGCAGCUCGGCGAGGCGUGGACGCAGCGCGGCCAAUCGUCCACCAUCUUGCACCGCGUGCCCUCCCCGCAGCUGAGGUGACGGCACGAAGGUUUGGGGACGCAGCGUGGUUUCCCAGCCACCAUCUGGCACCGAGUCCCUUCCUUGCAGGGGAACAUCCGACACGACGGGAUGGGGACGCACUGCGGCCACCCUCCCGCCAUCCUGCAUCGCGUUCCGGCCUUGCAGGGGAAAUUCUUGCACGACGGCAACGGGACGCAUUUGGGGACCCCGUCCACCAUCUUGCAUCGAGUUCCUGCUCCGCAACGGGUGUUUUUACAGGAAGGCAAUGGGACGCACUGGGGCCACCCGCCCAUCAUCCUGCACGCCGUUCCCGUAUUGCAGUGGAAGUUGUUGCAGGAAGGCAACGGGACGCAUUUGGGGACCCCGUCCACCAUCUUGCACCGAGUUCCUGCACCGCAACGGGAGCUUUUGCACGAAGGCAGAGGGAUGCACUGGGGUGACCCAUGCACCAUCCUGCACUCUGUUCCUGCUUCACACUGGGUGUUCUUGCAGGAGGGCAGUGGGACGCAUUGGGGUGACCCAUGGACCAUCCUGCAUUCUGUUCCUGCUUCACAACGGGUGUUUUUGCACGAUGGCAACGGGAUGCACUUGGGCCAUCCGUCCACCAUCUUGCACUCUGUUCCAGCUUCACAACGGGUGUUUUUGCAGGAAGGCAGAGGGAUGCAUUGUGGAGACCCAUGGACCAUCUUGCACUCCGUUCCAGCUUCACACCGGGUGUUCUUGCAUGAAGGCAGAGGGAUGCACUGGGGUAAUGGGAUGCACUGCGGUGAGCCUUGCACCAUCCUGCACUCUGUUCCUGCUUCACACCGGGUGUUCUUGCAUGAAG